AUGUCCACCAUUGCCUCUUCCCGCAAUCCUCCCGCCCCGCUGCGCCGCACCCCCUCCGGCACUCCCACGUCGUCCGCCCGUCCCUCGUCCGACAUCUCCCGGUCCACCGUGACGUCUCCCGUCCUCGGCGCAUCUCAGCCUCCCACCGGCGCCAAACGCUCCAGCAACCGAGCUGCCCUCCGCGAAUACUACAACCUCCGUGCAGCUGCGGCUUCUGGCUCUUCUCCUUCAACUCCGCGCAUCAUCGAGGCCUCUGAUUCGGAAGUGCCUGCAAGCGAGAUCGACGCGCCAGAUUUCAACUUGGACGAAUACCUCCAGAGGGUCGUUGCAGAGAGCAGCUUGCAGGAUCUGUUGAAGCUCUAUACGAGGGUGCUGGGUGAAGUUAGGGCGUUGGACGCAGAGAAGAAGGCUCUUGUAUAUGACAACUACAGCAAACUCAUCACUGCAACGGAGACGAUUCGAAAGAUGCGAGCUAAUAUGGAUCCCCUGAACCCUAUGGCUACAACACUCGAUCCAGCCAUUGCACACAUCUACAGCCAGGCUUCAGCCAUACAAGAAUCGAUGCGAAAAUCGGUGCCUUCCCCGGAUUCAGAAGAGGGCAGGGCUCGGGAAGCACAACAGCAACGUCACCGAACAAGACAGCUAGCCAUUGAAGUACUUGCAACUCCAGGGCGGCUACAAGCACUAGUCAAGGAAGGCAAGUUUGACGAGGCAAGAAGACAGUGGGAGAUGCCACGGAAAUUGCUAGAGGCUUGGAAAGAGAAGGGAGUGGGCGGAGACGACGUACAGGCAUGCAUUGACGAAGGCGAUGCAGCCAUUGCUUUGACGCGAACGAGGUCACCAGCACCAGAAGCAAGAGCGCCAAAUGACGGGCGGCGAUAUGGCCCAUUACACUCUAAUAUGCCACCUGCCAUGAAGCAAUGAUUGCCAGGUGUUGUUUAAUCUAUGCGGCGAGCCUAGUCUAUCUGACGUCGUAUAUCAAAACCCCCCACGCCACAGCUACCAGAGAGAGAUGUCUCAGUCCUCUUCGAAAGUGCUCACAUCCAAUAUCUUAAACGGAUCCGAGUCGAACUCGCUCAAUAGUACCUCUGCCUCUGGCUCAACUUGUUUCAGAAGCGAUUCCAAGCUUGGUUUCAACACUUCUCGGAGGUAGCCUCUCUCUGAAUUGCUGUGGAAUACUUGGAUUAGGGUUUUGCCUUGUUGAAUGGCCCUGAGAGCAGAGUGAUGACUCGUUUCGCCCAUGAUGAGCAAAUCUACGUCUGCUGACUUGAGGACGUCAUAUCCGCUUCCAGCACAAACACCAAAACUACGAACCGUAGUAGACUUGAUGUCGGAACCAACGGGAGAAGCAACCAUAAUGUGCUUCAGCCCUCCUAGCUUGAGAGCCAGUCUCUUGAUGAUCUCUGCUAGAGACACGCCGCCAUUCUCAAAUCGCCCUAUGCUACCAUAUCCGGCCGGAGAAUGGGUUUCAGGAGCCGUGGCGCAGGGAAUAGCAACGGAACGAGUGCUCUUGUGAGGGCCCGAAACAAUAUCGGCGAGCCAUGUGUUGAGGCCCUUUGGUGCGGCAUCCACGGCAGUAUGUGGGCAGUAAACUGCAAUGCCAGCUUUGACGAGCUGUAAUAGGGUGGCUUGUUGCGGGUCGUUGUUUGUAAUAGACUUGAGACCAGAAAAGAUGAAGGGAU